UUUACUUGUUACAACAUGUGUUAGGUUGGAAAUGGCUUUGCAAAGCUCCCAUAUGAAAAUGCUUUAUCCAACAUAAUGUUUGAUGUUCUUUUCUUAUAAAGGAGAAACAUAUUUUAUCAGGGGAGUGAUACUAUAACCAGACUGAUAUUGUUUGCGAUGCCUCACACACGUACAAGGAACCCCAGCCCUAUCCCUGAUGUUAACUGGGAUGUUGGACUCAAGGAAAUGAACGAAACAUGGAAAGGAGCUGUCGCCUGUAUCGGGGUCGCGAUAUUCUUCAUUAUGACUAUUGGCAUUAUCUAUUGGCAGGUGAUGGACCAACCUAACAAAAACUGGAUCCUGAAAGGAACAGUCAGUGGACUGAUAUGGGAAAGGAAUACUCACACUCUCAUACUGCAGACGUUGAGUGAAAACAAAACCUACGUGGAAAUCGAUGUUGGAAAUUUUCCCGACAUGGAACAAAAUUUUGUUAAAAACUUAUGCUGGCUUAAUAAGACUGACUUUUGUUAUACAUGGGAUUCUAUAACCAACCUUAAGAUUACACUAGACCGAAAAUCCUCAGCUGGGACUGAGUGCUACAAUAUUACGUGGACCCCAAUACAUUGUGAUGUUAAAUUAAAGGAUUGCUUUUCAAUGACAAAUAUAUCAUGGUACGGAGGAGCGAGCCUUAGCGCUCAACACUGGCCUAUAAACGGUGUAAAUGUGGCUCUACAACCAUUUGUGAUCACCAACCUUAAAUCCAAUCAUGGUGCCUAUGGAUCUGUAUUAGAAAGAUACUUCUUAGGAUCAACUGGAGUUUCAGUGCUGAUCAAUCCAAAUACUCCAAUUUCCAUGACAGUCGAGAAGAAUAAAAACUUUUGUGUGGAGACACCAGCAAGCACCGAGAGGUUUCCAUUGCAAUAUACCAUAUGCAUUGGACAGACUAUUCAGACUGUUCAUCAAGAGAUCGGAAACCAGCUGUAUAACCACCAGAGGACACUUCCAAACCUCAGUAUUGUCAGGAUGCCAGUCUGGAAGCACUAUGGGGUAUCUGAUUCUGCAGCAAAACUUGAAAGAGAAGUAAGAUCUUUUCAUAAUAAAUUGAAGAGGCAUGGUUUAGGAGAAUGCCUUAUAUCACUCAAUGAACAUUCCACAACCCUAAUUUCUAUGAGGGACCACAUACCAAACACAGACCAAGGUGGAGCGACUCAAAGACACCGCAGGGAUCCAAAUACUAUUAAGAACCUCAAUAUUUCAAUAACCUCAUCUCUGUACCAAAAUGUUAAUUCAGAACAACUGCAGAAGUACUUGAAUGAAGGACAAGACAACUACUGGCUCAGCCUCCGCUCAAGUUUAGAUGGCUCUCUGACACCAAUCCUGACAAAAUGGAAGGGCCAGUUUUCUGUGAGACUGAAUAUAUCCAAUGAAGCCGCUAUACACUGGUACUUUGCAAAUGUGAAUCAUUUAGUAAAGAGGCUGGGAGCUGAAUAUGUCAUCUUUGAAGGAGCAGAAGGGAAUACAUUUCUAGAGCAUUCAAUACAAGCUCCCAAAGGAUUGGAGGGGGACUCUUACACUGAACAUCUAGCAGCAGAAGCAGUGGCAAAGCUUGGGAAUACCGCAGUUAUCACUGCAAGUACACGAUCAAAUCAUUUGCCACUCUUUGUUCAGAUGCAUCCACUUCGGUCAGAUUGGAGCCACCAUGGACUAAAAGGAAUAGUCCCAUCUGUCCUACACUACAGUUUGCUAGGAUACAAUUUUUUCAUUCCAGAUGCAAUAGGGGGUACUCUAGCCGAUGAAUUCAUAACAGAAGAAGAACUUUUUAUCAGAUGGCUGCAGAUUGUCACAUUUCUACCUGUUAUGUCAUUCAAUACUCCCCCGUGGGUUUGCUGUGAUAACUGGGUAAUGAACCUAACAAGACGAUAUAUACAAAGACAUCAAGAUUGUGUUGCUCCUCUCUUAUUAAAAUAUUCAGAAGACUGGCUGAACACAGGGAUCCCUAUCUUCAGACCUGUCUGGUGGCUCAGUCCUGAAGAUCCAGUGGCUUUCACUGUAGACAAUGAGUUUCUGAUUGGAGAUGAGAUGCUUAUUGCUCCGAUCACCGAGAAAGGCAAAAUCCAGCGAGAUGUUUUCCUGCCUGGAAAAGAUUAUAAAUGGAUGGAUCUGAUCACAUCCCAGGUGUUUGAUGGAGGCACGGUACUACGGAACUAUAACUGCAGCCUGCAUGAAAUUCCAGUUUUUGUUAAGAAAACAUGAUAGGUUAAAACAGUUAUCACGAAAUAUGUAUAUCCCUUCUAAGAAGAAUGAGUAGAAGUGUCUCUUGUUAAGAGAUAAGUGCGUUCUAGUAGCACUCAAAGAAAAUACUUGGAAUGUGACUUCGAAUAGUCUUAUUAUUUACAG